AUGCUGGCGCCGACGCUGCUCCUGCUCCUGGCCGCCGGCUCCGCGGUGCUGGCCGAGCCCCUCAAGUUCGUGGACUGCGGUGAGUCGCCCGACGAGUCCUUCCCCCGCCAAGGCGCUCUUGCCUUCCCUUCCGCCCCUUUAAAACGCGGCGUCUAACACUUCGAUUGCCUUCCGUAGUGACUUGACAGGCUUGUCCGCGUCUCUGGGCGGCGCUUCCUGCUUUGCAAAACAUGCCCUUCCGCAGCUCUUCCAGAGGGGCGAAUUCGCCUCCGGCGGGUCGCACGCUGCUGCUGCUUUUGCAUUGCAUUCUCUGCCCGCCAAGCCGUGGGGAAGGUAGAGAGGUGGGUGUUGGUGGGACGUCCUGCUUCUGUCAGGUUAGACAGCUGUCGCCAAGGAGCAGCGAUGCCACGUUCAGGAGGGCGGAAGUCUGGCAGUGCACUGUCUCGCCAGGGUGGUACAUGCACUGCUUUUCUCCUGCUUAGACUGCUGCAAUGCACUCUACGUGGGGCUACCUUUGAAGGUGACUCGGAAACGACACCAGAAUGCAGCAGCUGGAUUGGUGACUGGGAGCUGCCGUAGAGACCAUUUAACCUAAAGGAUCUUCACUGGUUCCCAGUACGUUUCUGAGCACAGUUCAAAGUGUUGGUGCUGACCUUUAAAGCCCUAAACAGCCUUGGCCCUGUAUACCUAAAGGAGCGUCUCCACCCACAUUGUUCAGCCCAGACAGAGGGCCACCUCUGCAGGCCUUCUGAUGAUUCUUUCACUGAGAGAAGUUUCAGGGAACCAGGCAGAGGGCCUUCUUGGUAGUGGCACCUUCCCAUCAGAUGUCAAGGAAAUAAUUAUCUGACUUUAAGAAGACAUCUGAAGGCAGCCCUGUACCAGGAAGUUUUUAAUAUUUGAUGUUUUAUUAUGUUUUUAUAUGUGUUGGGAGCUGCCUAGAGUGGCUGGGGCAACUCACCAGAUGGGUAGAAUAAUAAUAAUAAUAAUAAUAAUCAGGGAGCCCAGUCUGGAGAAAAAGAGUGCUCUGUCAGAGGAAAACUUAUCUCUCCCAACAGGUUUAUAUAUCUGCUGCUGCUGCAUUUUCCUCCUCCUACAACAGGAGCCCAUCCCACACAUUGCCUACUCUUUCCCUUCUUCCAGAAGGACAAUUUCAUAGGUGGUGCUGAGGGCUCCUUUGAGUCUGGAAUGUUCCACUUUUGAUCAUGUUGUUCUGCAUAACAAUCAGCCCAGCCUACACAUUGCUUUGGUCACACAGACUGCUUGAAACAGUCUGUAUACCAUGGCUUGUUGUGCCUGCUACAGGAUCAGCUGCUGGAAGCCGGUGCCAGCUUCUGGAAGGUAUGGAGAGAGGAGGGAAUGACCAUAUGUCAGAAGGCUAGCCAGUGUCACAUGGAAGCUGAGUGGCAUAGGCUGUUCUUUGUUUGAGGGCAAAUAAAAAUCCACCUAGCAACCACCAGUUCCAUUUUGGCCCUCAUGAAAUUUAGAUGUGAAGGCUAGAACUGGGUUGCCCUCACUCUUCUGUAACAGGUGUGGCGAACCUUUAGCCCUCCAAGUGGUGAAUUACAACUCCCAUAUUUGCUGGAGCUGAUGUGAGUUAUAGUUCAGCAAAAUCUGGAGGGCCGGUGGUCCUAUAAUGUGUGUGUGGGUUGAUGUGGAAGAGAUGAAAGUAGCAGGAACAGGUGGUAGCCUAGCCUUUCCUCAAUAAUAAUAAUAAUAAUAAUAAUAAUAAUUUAUUACUUAUACCCCGCCCAUCUGGCUAAGUUUCCCCAGCCACUCUGGGUGGCUUCCAAUCAAAUGUUAAAAACAGUACAGCAUUAAAUAUUAAAAACUUCCCUAAACAGGGCUGCCUUCAGAUGUCUUCAGAUGUCCUCCAUUAAAUUACUUCUCUCCAGAUGGUUUGCUCUGAGUGUUCUCAGUCAGAGUUAACAUCUGCUGGGUGCUAAACAGCUGGGGAGAAGUCCUUUCAAUGAGGAAAGUAGGAAGUUCAGUUCCCCUCCCCAAUGAGUCCACAGUGCACUAUUAAUAUCCCUCUCACUUCCCCACUUUGUAAGGAAACAGCAGGUGUGCCAUCAUAUGUAGUUACAGCCUUAGACCACUGGUCAGCAACUAGUUUUACUAGAGGCUGCUUUGAUAAGGCACUGUGGAGUGGUAAGCCGGGGAACAUCACCUGGCAACGUAACAUGCCUUGUACUGAGGUAGAGCAUCUCUCAGUAUUGUCUUACACUGACCGACAGCAACUGUCCAGGAUUUCAGACAGGAGUCUUUUCUCAUCCUUACCUGAGUAUGCAGGAGAUCAAGCCUGGUAAGGGCAGCGGCAGAUGCUCUUACCACUGAACUAUGGCCCUUCCCUCAGCAGGGACCAGCAGUUACUCCUGUUGCUGCUCUCCACACCCUUCAGAAGCUGGCAGCGGCUUGGGGCUUGGUAGCAAGCCCAAGAAGCCAUGGCGCAGAGGUUGAUGGCUGGGCUAAAAGGAAACUUCUGCUCACUCAGAAGCUUUAUGGUCCUAUUGAGGUUUGAAGGGUAACCACUUUGUUGCUCUUGAUGCAAAACUGGCAGUGUGGGAAGCAAUAACAGAGCAGCCUUUUGGAGCUCUGCAAGGGUGCCUGGUGGCUUAGGAUCACUCCUAAGCCACCAGGCACCCUUGCAGAGCUCCAAAAGAUACCCCAGAUAAGUUCGUCAGAUACCUACCCCAUAGACAAGCCCUAAUUGGGAGGUAAACUAUGUAGAUGUACAGAGCAAUUCAAUUCCCUUUGCGAUGGGCUGUAUGGGGUUUGAACUGAGUGGGGGCAGAGCUGCUGAACUGCCUUCUCCCCUCCACCUGUUGAAUGUGAGUUCUGAGGAUGUGGGAAGGUGGGGCAGGGCUGAGCCAUCCUGGGGUCUUCUGGAUCCUGAGCUGGUCUUGCUGUCAUCUGAUGGAGGGCAUGGGGUUUGAUCCAGACCUGAUCGUCCUGCUCUCACCACCACCACCCUCUUAUGUGGCUGCCAUGAUGGCUGCACUUCUCCACGAAACCCCGCUGGUGGUGAGUGGGAUUAGUCAUGCCACCUUAACCAGGCAUAAAACUUUGGCUGCAGGUGUGCCUAAAAUAAUAUAAUGCAAAUUCAUGUGUGUUCACCGAUUGAGAGCUGAAGCCUCCAACAACAUACAGCAGAUUGGCUCAGUUCAUGUCUUUCAUACUUUUUAAAAAUAAAGCUUUAAAACAUAGGUGUUAAUUGGAUUUUGUUCUAUAUUCAUUUUACUACUGUUGCCCAAUCUUACUGUAUCUCAAAUUGGUCUGACCUUAUAUCUUUUGGGAAACAUGAAUCUUAACAGUAUCGGAAGCCCUACUAGAAUGUAUCUUAAAUGUAUCGGAAGAAAGUGGGUUUCCUCUAGUGCUGGGCAAAGCAAUUGGAAUGCAAUCUGAUAUUGCCCAGUUUUACAGCAUUGCCAUGUUUUAAUGCAGGAUCGAUAUAUGGGGCAGGGUUCACCUAACGAGCCCUGUCAGUGAAAGCCCUGUGCAUGCACUUCUGGCUGUGCAUUGGUGCGCAACCCCUGAAAUUGGCUUUUGCAGGUGGCGGUGGUAAGGAGAAUCCCCCAGAACAGCACACGUUGUGCCUAAUACCACAGGAAAUUAUAUAUGGGCCUUUCCAAUGUCCAAGAGGCUGCUUUCUUUUUCUGCUGGUUUCAGAGUUUAUUUGAACAGUGCAAUCAUGUGCACAUGUUCCUGGGCUUAGGCAGCAUUGGACCCAAUGAGAUUAAUUUCUGAGUUAACAUGUAUAGGAUGGGACUAUAAGGCUCCUGUCUAAAAUGCACUUAACGGGCCAUAAAUCGAACUGAACUGUGUACAGUUUACUUGUGAGCAGACAUACUGUUGUUGAAACUAUUCUAUAUUGCCCCAUUCUUGGACAGGCAGGCUUUUCAGGUCAUUGGCAAUUUAAACUCAGAUUCAGGAGUUUUAUGAGACCACAACGUCCUUCCACAGCUGCAUGUGUAUCUGAGCAAACUACGUGAAACUGUUAUGAAAGUUUGAUGUAUCGCAAGUCAUGUGAGGAUAGAAGUCAUUUUUCCAGGGCUGAGUCACACUUAAAUGCUUUUUAUGAGUAUGUUGGGCUUGUCAGUACUAACCACUGUGCAGAAGGGAGACACAUUCACUGGUAUUUAUUCCAUUUCAUUCCAGAGUGUAAUUGUUUAUGGGCUCUUGUAUGAUACUGCAAACCUGGACCCAUGAUAGCUAUGCAUAGUGUUGUAUCCAAGAUUACCAUCCGGUAUAGCGAGGACAUUGUUGUGGAGGUCAAUGUGAGUCCUUGCCCAGCACAACCUUGUGUUCUCCACAAAGGAGAGGCUUACAGUGUCAAUGUCACGUUUUCUAGCAGUAAGUAUAGCCUGUUGAUCUCUAGCUUCCUUGAGGCAGUGAUAACUAUGGCAGGGGUGGGGUAUCUCUGGCCUGCAGGCCAAAUUUGGCUUGAGUCCCAAUUUGGUCCGCAAGGCUGUUCUCUCCACAUUUUCUUCCCCAUACCUUAGAUCAUAUGCUAUGUCAGCUGUGGAGCAGGUAGAGGCACAAUUGGAUCAGUAACUUGUUUGCGCAGCUGAUCCCUGCAGAAAGAGGGCUGAAGGCCCAAUGGGCAAUGACUUGAGACCUGCAGGAUUGGCAGUGUUGAUCCCUGACACUUCCCAAUUGCUGAACAUGGGGUUGGUAAAUGCCAAGCUGGGUCAGGUGCUUGUGAAGCAAUGCGCAAGGGGCUUUGAUGGAUGGUUGGAACAGCCCACAUGCCAAUCAUCUGAUAUCACAUUGUUGACAGCUGGGUUGCCCUGCCUGCUGUCAGAGUUGGCCCACAAGGUUAGGAUCUGAUAACGAUCUGGUGUGCCGAGUCAAAAAGGUUCCCCAGUCCUGAUCUAUGGGACUGAAACCUUUUAAGAGUAUUGUGUUCAGCAUUCAAAAUGAGGAUGCUUCUGCUGUUUGGAGUGUCUCACAUGGAAAACGUUUCAGUGCAGGAAAAACUACACGUAUAUCUUGGUAUGUGAUAAUUGCAGUGAAAUCCUGCUUGCUGCCUGUAUACAUUUGGAAAGUUGUAAUUGGCUAUGGAUUUUCAGCACAUGUACAUGCUGCAAAAGAGAAAUAUAUAUAGAUAAUUGCAUGCACUUAGUCUUCAUGUCUUUGUUUCCAUUAAUGGAUGUGUUUUUGUAUAAUCUCAGAGGUGGGAACUGAAGACUCUUAGCUGGUGAGGGUAGCCUCUUGUCCCCCUCUCCCCACUUGCCAUGCAGCAAUCAGGGGAAUGUCACAGGGCAGUUGAAGAACAUCUGUAACGCACUGUAGUUUUGACAUGAAAUAGUGAGAGCACUUCUAUUUGUUGUAUGCGGUCCUGGGAGCCCCCAUUCCUAGCUCCAGUAUAAAGCUCUCUACUUGGUUCUUGUUUUCUCAAUCCAUUUCUUCACGUGCAGAGACUGUGAGCAACGGCAGCCAAGCUAAAGUAUAUGGAGAAAUGCUUCACAUGGACGUCCCCUUCCCACUUGAUCAGCCUGAUGGGUGCAAGAGUGGAAUCAUUUGCCCCAUCCAGAAGGACCACUCCUACAACUACCUGAACAAACUACCAGUGAAGAGCGAGUAUCCAUCUGUGAGUGUCUUACCAGGCUCAUCCCUUUAACAUGUUAAUGAUAUAAAGUGCUCACAGGAGGUGAUGGAACAACUCAGAUCAUCACCGUCUGGCUGCUCCUUGCCAAAUCAGAGAGAUAGCAAGAUAGCAAGGGGCCAAGGAGCACGUUCACACAAGGCAAUAAACCCAAGUUUGGAUAAUACCACUCCAGACUGCAGGGGUUAGGUUUGCCAUGAUGGAAAGUUCCCCCAUGGUUGGGGGAGGGAACUCUCUUCAUCCAUACAGAAAAUUAGCACAUCAGGGCAAUGGCUCUACUAGACCCUUUCCCUUACUAUCUAGCUUUCUGUGUGCAGGGAAAUGCUUUUGUAUGAAGAAAUGUUCAGUCACAUGUCUGGGCCCUACCUGCAGCAAUCUCUUUAUUAAUAGGCAUAGUGUCCUGGUUGUGUGUUGAGGGUCAUAUGGAAGAAAAUGUACAGUAUGUAUUCUAUAGCAGUAAAAUUUAUUCUCUGGGGUUCCCAGAUUCCAGCAUAGACGAGGAAAGGGUUUGAACCCAUCUUAAUCCGAGACUAGUCAGAGUGCAUCAUUUUUAAUAUCAUGCCUCCUAAAAUAAAUCUGAAUACCAACCCCUUCUCACUUCUUUUCUCUGUUUCCCCCCCACAGCUAAAACUUAUUGUCAAGUGGGAGCUGGUUGAUGAUGAUGGACAGCUGUUGUUCUGUUGGAAGAUUCCAGUCCAGAUCUCUAGCUAA